AUGUCGCGUCAAAUCGACUCAAAUAUACGCAAUCUCUUAGAAGGUUUAGGCCUUGAAGGAGAAGAAAAUGAUUUUUGUGAUUUUACUAUAGCAGAUCAAAAUUCAGUGGCAGAAUCUCAAGGUAUAACUCCAACAACACCCUCAAACUUCAAACCAGUUCUUGGUGGAAACGUAACAUACGUGGUUGCGUGUAUUAUUUUAAAUGAACGUAAUGAAUUACUUAUGAUGCAGGAAGCGAAAGAAAGUUGUGCUGGAAAAUGGUAUCUCCCUGCUGGACGUAUGGAGAAAGGUGAAACUAUUGUUCAAGCUGCCACUAGAGAAGUACUUGAAGAAACUGGUUUACACUGUAAACCUGAUACUCUACUAGUAGUUGAAACAGCUGGUGGCACUUGGUUUCGUUUUGUAUUAACUGGAAAUGCCAUCGGAGGUGAACUGAAAACUCCUGCAAAAGCCGACAAGGAAUCUCUUCAAGCCAAAUGGAUUGGUAAUUUACAAGAAAUAUCAUUAAGAUCAAAUGAUAUUCUUCAUCUUAUUGACAAGGCAAAAUUAUACAAACAAAGCCAACCUGGACAAACAUGGCAUAAAAACAUUCUGCCAGCACCUAUUCCACAUGUCAAAGAUUUAAUGAGAUUGAUAGUAUUAAUUAAGAAGAGAAGUACAAAUAAGUUACAUGUCUUGUUAAGCGAGAAAACUACUUUACAUUUUCCAACUUGUGAAAUCAAUCCUGCCAAAAGUGUGCAUUCAACUCUUAGAAGAUUUAUGGUAGAAAUGUUUGGUGCUGAUGUGGCACAGCAUAGGCCUUUAGGUCUUCUUAAUGUCGAAGCAGAUCCUUCAGCAGAUGGUUGUUGUUUAACACUUCUUGUUCUAUUUAGGCCACCAUUAGAAGAAGUGCCACUAAUUGGAAAAUGUGCAUGGCAUGAAUUGUCUGCAGAUGUUGCAAGAGACCUAAUACCUGUUGUUACAACAAAAAAUUCAACUGUUGAAUUACAUGUUGUGCGU